UUGUUAUUGCGUUUCCCUGUCUGCCUGGUCCCCAAUACCGGCAACUCAUUCAUAUUAUUCUACCGUACACGAACGAAACAGAAGAGACAAGUUGUUUACUGCUGCGUACUGCGCUACCGGGUGUUUCUCUCGGUGUGAGGGCAGAAAAAGCAGGUUUUUCUUAGUAGUUGCCGUGUAGCGGCGAUCUUUUUUUCGUGCUAAAUCUUUGUUUGCAUUUGUUAUUCGUGUCCUGGAGCUUGUUCCCUGCAGACGGCCAGCCAAAUUUUAGUGUGCAUCGUAAUUGAAGGAACAGCAAUUCUGCCAACGCUGACUUUGCAUGCCACCCACAGGUACAGAUUGUGGCGCGUCCUGUGUCGAAACUGCUAAGCCUGUGAUUACUCCUGCAGCUGCUCCUGCCGCUGUUGAAGUCGCACAAACUGCUGUCGCCGAAGUCACGAUGAACGUCUCGUACGAAACGCUCGCAACGCUAGCGGUUCGCACCCCCACAGCCGGCGAUCGCAUCUACAAAGACGAGUGCGCUUAUUCGUUCACGAGCCCCGAAUCCGAAGAUGGUCUUUACGUGUCGCUGUUUUCGUUUCUUGGCUUCUCGAAACAGCACGCGCUAGAGUACGCGGCCAAGACCAGGCACAAGGUGUUCCUGCACAUCAAGAGACUGAAGUUUAAAACUGAAGCGAAGACGUGUCCCUCACCUACGCGACUAGCUAUCGGUCUCGCAGGGGGCUUCCAAGAUGCGAAGAAGUUCCAAUACGAAGAACAUGUGCAAAUUGUUGUCCUGCCAGAAUGUGCCGUCUUUAAUAUAGACGACCCAAAAUUACCUGAAAAUAUAAAGAGGAGUGCUGAGGGUGUAAAUAAGGCUGAAAGCGUUUUCAAAGCGGAAGAGCUAAAUGCUACAACAGGAACUUGGGACGGUGAACUUCGACAGGUCAGUAAACACUCUGAGACUUUGCAGCAAUUGACAAACGGUGUUACAAUUCCGGCUAGCGGUUGGAAAUGCUCGAGAUGCGACCUUCGGGAGAACCUUUGGUUAAAUUUGACCGACGGCGCAAUAAACUGUGGUCGUAAAUUUUUCGAUGGCUCCGGAGGAAACGAUCAUGCGAUUCAACAUUACAACGAAACCAAAUACCCAUUAGCGGUAAAGCUUGGUACAAUCAACCAUAAAGGCGCUGACGUGUAUUCGUACGAUGAGGAUGAUAUGGUUAUUGACAGUCAGCUAGAAAAACAUCUCGGCCAUUUUGGUAUUGACGUGGCCGCAAUGCGAAAAACAGAGAAGUCGAUGGCCGAAUUGGAGCUCGACAUUAAUCAGCGUAUAGGCGAAUGGGCUGCCGCAACCGAGGAGGGCUGCAAACUCGAACCACUUUACGGUCCUGGCUAUACCGGUCUAAUUAACCUUGGUAACUCAUGCUAUAUGAACUCGAUUGUUCAGAUGCUGUUCACAAUUCCCUCGUUUGUCAAGCGGUAUUACAACGAGUAUAAGACUAUCAUUGCAAAUUGCCCUGACGACCCGAAUACCGAUCUUCGUGUGCAGAUGGCCAAGCUUUCUCACGGCAUUCUAUCCGGCGCGUAUUCGAGCAAGCCGGCCAGCGAGAUCGAUACGUCGGCAAUCAAACCCCAGUCGUUUAAAAACGUCGUAGGGAAAAACCAUCCUGAAUUCAGUUCGAAACGGCAACAGGACGCGGAGGAAUACUUCUGUUACCUUAUGGACCUGUUGGAUAAAAAUGACAAGGAUAACCCCAUCAGCAAUGUGUUUUCUUUCAACGUCGAGGAUCGCAUUGAAUGUGGCAAGACAAAGAGAGUGGUUUACAAAAAGCGACGUGAAUGUGUUCUACGGUUAGUCAUCCCGAUGGAGGCGGCAACGAACAAAGCCGAGGUGGAAGCCUACGAAGCAAAGAAGAAGCAAGCCGAAGAAAAAAAGGAACGUCUUGACCCAAAAGAGAUGGUUUUAGCCAAGAUCCCGUUUGAGGCAUGCAUAGCUGCGAUGUCUGUUCCUAGUUACAUCGACGACUAUUUUAGCCCAGCCGCUAAUGAGAAAGUCACUGUUAAGCAGACGGUACGCUUUCUAACCUUUCCUGAUUUCUUGUUAGUUCAAGUAAAGAAAUUCACGUUCACAGAGAACUGGUCACCGAAAAAGCUUGACGUAUCCCUUCAGAUUCCGGAUCACUUAGAUUUGACAACGCUUCGCGCCAAGGGAGGACUCCAGCCUGGUGAAGAAGCGAUGCCUGUCGACCAAACGGAAAAACCUUCAAUAGAUGCGGCCAUCGUUGCUCAGCUGGUAGAUAUGGGCUUCCCAAUCGAAGGCUGCCGGAAAGCGGUCUACCAUACAAAGAAUUCUGGUAUUGAAGCUGCCACGCAGUGGGUGAUGGAACAUAUGGGCGAUGAGGAUUUCGCGGCACCAUUUGUGGUGCCUGGUAUCGCCAGUAAAGUUGAAGGACCGCAACCCAGUGAAGAAGGCAUAGAAAUGGUUAUGGGAAUGGGCUUCAGCCGGCAGCACGCUACCCGAGCUCUUCAGGCCACAGAGAAUAAUGUGGAACGUGCUAUUGACUGGAUCUUUUCGCAUCUGAAGGAACUUAACGCGCCAGAGACUGCCGCGAUGGCCACGGACAAAGUCGCCGCUGAACAAGGCAAUUCGAAGGAAUACCCUGUUACAGAUGGGUCUGGUUGCUAUAAGCUAGUUGCGUUUGUUACACACAUGGGCUCGAACACUUCUUCAGGACAUUAUGUUUGCCACUUGCUAAAAGAUGGAAAAUGGGUCAUAUGCAAUGACGACAAGAUCGCGCGCUCAGAAAAGCCCCCUAAGGAUCUAGCCUAUCUUUACUUGUACAGACGUGCUGAGUGAUUUGCUUCAUAAUCGCAUUUGUUAUCGCCUAGAGAUUCGGUCCUGUGGUCUAGGGAACAUACGAAGAGAAGGAGCAAAACGCAACUAAACAUAGAAGGAUGGAUAAAUUGCAGAAAAGUCAACGUGGAAGAAAAUAGAGUGAAUUU